AUGAGACUCGUGCGGAGAAAUUGGUCAUGCUGUCUUCAAAAUGGAACAAGAAUAUCACAGCUUGCGAAUCAGCUGAACUACGAUCGUGAGGUGAUUCGCGUCUGGUUCUGCAACAAGCGCCAAUCAUUUCGAAAUAGUAGCAGCAGCCAAUCAAUUAUUGUUAACAGUCGAACAGGUGAUCAGACAGCGCCGUGGUUGCCUUUCCAUAUUCCUUUCGACGAUGAGGUCCCGAUUGAUCUCAGCAACAAGCCUUCUUCUCAGUAA